AUGGAAAUACACUGUAAGCACGACCCGUUUGCAUCCAUGCAUAGACAUGGAGGAGUGAAUCAGCUUGGGGGGGUUUUUGUGAAUGGACGGCCACUCCCGGAUGUAGUCCGCCAAAGGAUAGUGGAACUUGCUCAUCAAGGUGUCAGGCCCUGCGACAUCUCCAGGCAGCUUCGGGUCAGCCAUGGUUGUGUCAGCAAAAUUCUUGGCAGGUACUACGAGACAGGAAGCAUCAAGCCGGGGGUGAUUGGAGGGUCCAAACCAAAGGUUGCCACACCCAAAGUGGUGGAAAAAAUCGCUGAGUAUAAACGCCAAAAUCCUACCAUGUUUGCCUGGGAGAUCAGGGACCGGCUGCUGGCGGAGCGAGUGUGUGACAAUGACACGGUGCCCAGCGUCAGUUCCAUCAACAGGAUCAUCCGGACAAAAGUACAACAGCCCCCCAACCAACCGGUCCCAGCUUCUACGAGUACUUUUGUGACGGGCUGGCACCCCUCUCCCUCUGCAGUGUCCACGGGCUCCGUGACGCAGGUGUCAUCGGUGAGCACUGACUCUGCUGGCUCCUCGUACUCCAUCAGCGGCAUCCUGGGCAUUACGUCCCCCAGUGCUGACACCAACAAGCGCAAGAGAGACGAAGUGCAAAGCCAGAGCUCACCCGCACAUGUACAAGGGGGCGCACGCGUCUGGAGUUUGUUUGCAGUGGCUGGAGGCCCUGUGCCAAAUGGCCACUCACUUCCGGGCAGAGAUUUCCUCCGCAAGCAGAUGCGAGGGGACCUUUUCACGCAGCAGCAGUUGGAGGUACUGGACCGUGUGUUUGAGAGGCAGCACUACUCAGACAUCUUCACCACCACGGAGCCCAUCAAGCCAGAGCAGACCACCGAGUAUUCGGCCAUGGCCUCGCUGGCCGGAGGGCUGGAUGACAUGAAGGCCAACCUGACCAGCCCCACCCCUGCCGACAUUGGGAGCAGUGUGCCAGGCCCGCAAUCCUACCCCAUUGUCACAGGCCGCGACUUGGCGAGCACGACCCUCCCCGGGUACCCUCCGCACGUCCCCCCCGCUGGACAGGGCAGCUACUCAGCACCAACACUGACAGGGAUGGUGCCUGGGAGCGAGUUUUCUGGGAGUCCCUACAGCCACCCUCAAUAUUCCUCGUACAACGACUCGUGGAGGUUCCCCAACCCGGGGCUGCUUGGCUCCCCGUACUACUACAGCGCUGCGGCCCGAGGAGCCGCCCCGCCUGCUGCUGCCACUGCCUAUGACCGUCACUGACCCUCAGAGUCAGGCGGGCGCCAAGCACUUAUGACACAUAUCACUGAGGGAGCGAGCAUCCCGGCCCCCACGAGACAGUCCAAGGGGCCCAGCAAGUCCACCCCACCUCCCCUGCACUUGAAGCAUCCUCCGUCCCCUCUUUUUCAUUUUCCUCCUGGAGCCCAGGUUCUAUGAUAGGGCUGUUGGACUUGCAGGCCCCUGUCCAUUUCAAGAUUCAAUCAGUGAGCUUCGCCCGGUGGCCCUGGGGGUCACGCAAACCAGCAGGUUGUUCUGCAACCCGGCCCAGCCACCUGACCAGCUGUGUGUCCCAGCCAUGGCAGGCUGGCAAAGGAGAGCUAGCUUUCGUUGCUGCACAAUGCCCAUGUACAUACCUACUUGCUUCUUCUCUGUGGGCCCCACGGUCCAGCUGAGCAGACAGCCCGCCCCAUGAUGCCUCCUGUCCUCACAGUUCGUCAAGGACAUUUUCUAGCUGUGCGUGCAACGCGAGUGCCCUCUGCUCUGGUGCCCCCGUCAGGUAGCUCAAAGCUGCCUCUGAAACAGGAUACCCAGCCCCCUCCUCGCCUCGACUUCUCUAAUGUACAUUGGCGAUCAUGCUGCAAGCUCCCUGUGAGUUCCCCCAAGAGGAGUACGGCUUGGGGAGACACCUGGCUUGUUCCUUCCCUGAUCAAAAGACUCCAAAGGAACUGUCUGGGACAUUCCUCAGCUGCUGUUUUAACACAGGAGGUCAUCCAAGUGCUGAUGGCAACGUGACUUUGCAUGUCAGGGCUGGUAGGAUCAAGAGAUCAUCUGAUGAGGUCAGUGAGGGGCCCAAGGCUUCCCUGGCCACCUCGGCCCAUGGAACCACAGAACUGAACUGGAAUAUGUUUCCUGGGGCGUGCCCAGGUUCAAAUCACUCUGGACACCAGCCAUGGACACUUCACCUACUCUCCAGGACUCUUAACAACUGGAUUCUGUCUAACAACUGGAGCCUGUCCCAGUGCUAUAGACAAUGAUUCACAGAAAGGACUGUCCCCUGUGCUAAAGGACAAGCACACCCUGCAGGCAUCAGCUAGAACCUGCACAUCCUUUCAGAGCAGCCCUGCCUGUCUUCGGGGAGCCGAGUGUGUGGCUGGCAUAGAGGUAUUGGGGUUCGGGGCAGGUGCCUCACGUCACGCUAUGCAGGCUCACCUGUUGACACAAGGCACUGGCUGGGAUGGCCAGGGAGAUGGCCAGGAGCCAUGGGGACUUAGAGAGGGCAUUUGGGGAGCUCACUGCAAGACUGGCCAGAAUAACAUUCAGGGGACAGGUGAAGACCUGCGGGAGGGACAGGACAAGCAGUGAGGACCUGGUGUGUGACCUGGGGGUGGUUUUGAGUUUGGGUUGCCAGGCACCACAUUUCUUUACUUGGGGCCUCUGUUCCUUGCACAGCCUCUCUUGCCAUCUCAGACCAGCCAUGUACAACCCCCGUCUAACCCUGGGCUUAAUUAUAGCAAUGACAGUGUAUUUGAUCAGCUCAUAUGACAGUGUCCCUGGUGUCUGUAGAUCACUAGGUUGGCAGAAAGUUGACAUAGACAGAACCUGGACUUGGGCUCAUCAGGCCUGGCGGGUCUUGUCCUGACCACACCUCUGCAUAACAAAACCCUUUGACUUUCUCAGCCUCGGCUGCCCUGGUACAGCAGGGUCACCUGACCACUUUCGCCUCUUCCUCCAUCACUGGGAGUCGGGCAGUGACAGAGUCAUCUAUCAGGGAAGAGAGGGGCAGACUGUCACUUCUGAGCAAGUGCAGAGGGGUGGGCACUUGGAUCUUGCUAAUGUUUGGAUCAAAUGCAAAACAAGCACAUCAUCCUGAGGGAUGAGAACUGCGAGAGCCUUUCGAAAGACUCAGUCUUGAUUCUCCACAGAAACCAAGACCGAGCUCAGAGAAACACAGGGCCAGGUAGGGAAACGCAGCAGACUUCCUCCCUAAGUGUUUUGUGCCUCAACGCUCCCACGGGGUGGUGGACAAAAGAGGAAACUGAGGCUCAGUAAAGUAGAGUCCCCAGACCUUAACUGGCAGAGAUAGUGCUGGGACUUGGGCUCCGGACCCCUAUAUAGUGAUCCCUGUUCACCCCAUCCCCAGCAUCUAUCCCUAGAGAGGAGUCAACAUCAAGGGCUACAGGAUGUGGUUCUGGGCCCAGUACUCCAGACUGGGUAAAGUUUGCAUUGGUGAAACUGCAGUGGACUAUCAGCCACCAGGCCCGAAGUAGGACCCAGCAAGCUCACAGCAGGCAUAGCACCCAGGGAACUUGCUGUGCAAAAAGGAAGGUGGAUGGGGCCAGAGGCCACCUACAGGAGCUGAGCUGAACUGGCUGCAGCCUCCACGUAUUGCUAAGGUAGGACAAGGCAUGUGAUGGGGCUCCUCCCUUACCCUGUCACAGGAAGCGGCAGGACUGAGGUCUUCUGUGCAGUCCUCUGCUGCAUGCCGUUCUCUUGCUGUGAUGUGCAUCCUGGUCCUCUGUGCUGUCAGGCUGCUUGGAGGGGGCAGCUUCAUUUGCACUGACUGCUUAAAACACACACCUUUCUUCCUCAGAAAAGCCUGCUGGGCACCAGAGCGGUCCCCCACCUCGCCCAGCCCCUUUCAUGAGCUCCCUCCAUACUUCUCUCUUGUACCUGAGGCUUUGCCAGGCCUCGGAUCGGGUCUGUGUUCAUUAGAUGACCACAUCAUUCCUGGGCUGCCUGGCAGAAGCACAAAAGCACAUGCACGUGUGCAUGGAUGUUCACACAUGCGUGCAUGCGUGCACACACGCACGCACGCCUGUUCUCACAAGCUCAGCCCUAGCUCUGCAGAUGCACGUGGUUGUACACACACACACACACACACACACACACACACACACCUGCUCUCACCAGCUCAGCUCUCACUCUGAGAUGCACGUGGAUGUUGUCACACGCAUACCUGCUUUGAGCAGCUCAGAGCACUCACACAGCAAAAGCACACGGAUAUUCUCACAUGCACACUUGCUCUCGCCAGUUUGGAACCCAUGUGCUUCCCAGAAGAGCUACGGGGGGCGGGGGCUUUGUGAGGAGCAUUCCCAAAGUCCUUAGCAGCUGGGUAGAUGACAAAGAACUCAGAAUGCAAAACGCGAUUCUGGGGCUCCACUGGUUCGUUGGCAGGAGGCCAGGGACAUUCAUUCCUCCAUGGCACUUCAGGCCCAUAGUCCAACUCUGACUUUCUGGGGGGAAAAAGACAAAAACACAUUUUCAUGGAAAAUUCUGAUGAUAUAACAAACCAACCACCCCUUUCCCAGCACACUCUGGUUUGAGUUAGUACUUUCAUAACUGACAUCGUGUAGUGUGUUGAAAUCCUCCAUCAUCCUAUGGGGCAAAGAUCAGAAUACCCAGCUCAUAGAUGGGGAAAUUAACAUUGGGGCUCACCAGCUGAUUUAGAAGAUGAAAUGAAUUCCCAGAUCCCUGAGCACCAUGAUUUGUCCACAGAACUGAGGCCCUAUUCUGGAGUGUAUGGCUUGAAAACAUCUACCUCUCGGCCUUUUAGCAACCCCCAGACCUGAAUUCUAUCCUAAUGAAGGGUCUGGGAGUCGAUAGCCUUGCUGGUCCCAGUUGAUUCCCAUUAACACUGAAAACUUUCAGUAUUUGUCCAAAUUCACAACAGUUCUUCUAAGUUCUCACCUUAUCCUUUCCCUACUCUGAGGCUCAAAAGGGGUCAGAGCCAGUUGAAGUCCACCCUGUAAUCCCCACGAGGGCCUGGACAUGGACUGGCUCUGGUUCUCGGGGUAUGUGACAAUGUCACGAGCUGUCUACCUGCUCCUCUUCUCUCUGCCCAUUCUGCUUUGGAACCAACCGUGACCACAUACACGAGGCCCUGGGGGACCCACAGGCCCAGGAAACACAGAUUGUAAUCCCAAGGGCCCUAAAUAUAAGGUAGCUCCUGGUCAGCCAGUGGUUUGACCCUACCCCCUGGUCACGAUACAGAGCAACAGGGUGUGGUGGGGUGGGGAGUCCCAGAUGCCCAAGAAGCAAGAUUGGCCCAUGAAAUGACAUCCAAGAGUGAAAACCUUUCAUGAAAACACUCUGUCAGCCAAAAGAAAAAGAUGUCUGUGAGCCAAAUCUGACCCGUGGUCACUGGCUUACGACCUCCAAUCUUCGUUGAAUGCCCCUCUUUUCUGCUCCUCUUCAUCCUUCAUUGCAAUUUGGAAAAGAUGAGAGAGAAGUGAGAUGUUCUUUGUGCCAACCUUGGCCUUGCCAUGCUCCCAGAGCUCACCCAGGCCACUGGCAGGUUGGAUUUUGAAGUGGCUAGUGGGGAGUUGGGGGCAGCUGGUGGCUUUUAAGGGGAAAUUACCACUUUAGGGGCCUUUCUCACAUAGGAGAGAGUCCCAACUGCAGCCAGAGGGCACCGAGGGGUGAAAUUCAUUUACGAGACGGUCUGACCCCAGAGUGACUGUCCCCCUCCAGCACCUCCUUGUAAAGGACGUUCCUGCUAAAAUUUGACUCCAACCCUCAGGCAGCAAAUCCAAGAGACAAACCAAGCAUUCCCAACACAUGCUUGGAAAUAAGCAAUGGUGUUUGACACGCAGCUGCCCAGGAGGGGAGGAAAAAACCCAAGGUCUCUGGGUAGGACAGGUCCAGGCUCGAGCAGGAUGACCCCAUAGGCUUUGGGGCUGGACCAGCUGGCCUUGUCACCCACCUUCCGUCUGUCUGUGAUGGUUUGGGGCAUGCAUGCUCAUGCUCCCAAUCAGUUUAUUCCUCUGGUGCUUUUGGCCUCUGGUAAGUCCAAGGCAAGUGUGUUUCUUAAAAGGUAACAAAGUACGUGAUUGGAAAAUUGGACAGGCAGGCCACAACUCCACCUGCAGCCUGCCCUACCUCCCAGUGGCCCCUUCCUCCCUGUGCCCUCUGCUGUCCCUGGACUUCAGGACUCCCUCUUGCAUAGUCAUGAGGGAGCCACAGCGCUGAUCCACACCUCCCCACUGUCAACUAAGGCUGCUCCAAAGUGGUGGCUAGGUCCCUGAGGACCAGCUACAGAGGACACUGUGAGUCCCUUCCACACACGCUCUCCUGAGGCAGAUGCAGCUUUCUGGAGCAGGCUGCAUGCUGGGAGCAGGCCGGCAGCCAUCUUUCA